CCGCCCCUGUGCCGCAGGUUCUCUUACAUCGACCGCCUAAGAGUCGCGCUGUAAGAAGCAGCAACCUUUCCUCUCCUCUCCUCUCCGCCAUCUGCUCUGCCGCCGCGAAGCAGCAACCAUGCGUGAGUGCAUCUCCAUCCACGUUGGCCAGGCUGGUGUCCAGAUUGGCAAUGCCUGCUGGGAGCUCUACUGCCUGGAACAUGGCAUCCAGCCCGAUGGCCAGAUGCCAAGUGACAAGACCAUUGGGGGAGGAGAUGACUCCUUCAACACCUUCUUCAGCGAGACUGGUGCUGGCAAACACGUGCCCAGGGCAGUGUUUGUAGACCUGGAACCCACAGUCAUUGAUGAAGUGCGCACUGGUACCUACCGCCAGCUCUUCCACCCUGAGCAGCUCAUCACAGGCAAGGAAGAUGCUGCCAAUAACUAUGCCCGCGGGCACUACACCAUUGGCAAGGAGAUCAUUGACCUUGUCUUGGACCGAAUUCGGAAACUGCGUGAGUGCAUCUCCAUCCACGUUGGCCAGGCUGGUGUCCAGAUUGGCAAUGCCUGCUGGGAGCUCUACUGCCUGGAACAUGGCAUCCAGCCCGAUGGCCAGAUGCCAAGUGACAAGACCAUUGGGGGAGGAGAUGACUCCUUCAACACCUUCUUCAGCGAGACUGGUGCUGGCAAACACGUGCCCAGGGCAGUGUUUGUAGACCUGGAACCCACAGUCAUUGAUGAAGUGCGCACUGGUACCUACCGCCAGCUCUUCCACCCUGAGCAGCUCAUCACAGGCAAGGAAGAUGCUGCCAAUAACUAUGCCCGCGGGCACUACACCAUUGGCAAGGAGAUCAUUGACCUUGUCUUGGACCGAAUUCGGAAAUUGGCUGACCAGUGCACAGGUCUACAGGGCUUCUUGGUUUUCCACAGCUUUGGUGGGGGAACUGGCUCUGGGUUCACCUCCCUGCUGAUGGAGCGUCUCUCUGUCGACUACGGCAAGAAGUCCAAGCUGGAGUUCUCCAUUUACCCAGCCCCCCAGGUUUCCACAGCUGUAGUCGAGCCCUACAACUCCAUCCUCACCACCCACACCACCCUGGAGCACUCUGAUUGUGCCUUCAUGGUAGACAAUGAGGCCAUCUAUGACAUCUGUCGUAGAAACCUCGAUAUUGAACGCCCAACCUACACUAACCUGAACCGCCUUAUUAGCCAGAUUGUGUCUUCCAUCACUGCUUCCCUCAGAUUUGAUGGAGCCCUGAAUGUGGAUCUGACAGAAUUCCAGACCAACCUGGUGCCCUAUCCCCGCAUCCACUUCCCUCUGGCCACAUAUGCCCCUGUCAUCUCUGCUGAGAAAGCCUACCAUGAACAGCUUUCUGUAGCAGAGAUCACCAAUGCCUGCUUUGAGCCAGCCAACCAGAUGGUGAAAUGUGACCCUCGCCAUGGUAAAUACAUGGCUUGCUGCCUGUUGUACCGUGGUGACGUGGUCCCCAAAGAUGUCAAUGCUGCCAUCGCCACCAUCAAGACCAAGCGUACCAUCCAGUUUGUGGACUGGUGUCCCACUGGCUUCAAGGUCGGCAUUAAUUACCAGCCUCCCACUGUGGUGCCUGGUGGAGACCUGGCCAAGGUGCAGCGGGCUGUGUGCAUGCUGAGCAACACCACAGCCAUUGCUGAGGCCUGGGCUCGCCUGGACCACAAGUUUGAUCUGAUGUAUGCCAAGCGUGCCUUUGUUCACUGGUAUGUGGGUGAAGGGAUGGAGGAAGGGGAGUUUUCUGAGGCCCGGGAGGACAUGGCUGCCCUAGAGAAGGAUUAUGAGGAGGUUGGUGUGGAUUCUGUUGAAGGAGAGGGUGAGGAAGAAGGAGAGGAAUACUAGUUACCCAGUUCAGCCCUGCAGCAUAAUCAUGAUGCUCCCAGAACCUCAGCUUGAGCAUAGAUGAGAAGCACUAAGGUUUUGUGGUUAGAUCAUCUUCACUUGAUCAUGUCCAAGAUCUUCACUGGUCAGUCAUGUCUUUUUUCCAUGUGUACCUCUGAUUUUUCCAUCAUGUCUUAAAGUAAAAUACUUUAAGGAA